AUGGAAGACAAUCCAGCAUACAUUGCUACUAAUCCUAUUGUAGUGACAGUAAAGGAUAAUCCAGCAUAUACUGCCAAUGUUGGGAAUGAAUGUAAUGCAGUAGAUUAUGAAGAAUUGGAUCAAGUGAUAGCACAAGAUUAUGAUGAAAUUGAUGAUUGUGUAGAGGCUGUAGCUAAUAAUCAGCCUGAUAAACUACGCUCCCUUCUAUUACAAUCUUCCCUGCCCAAUUCAGAAGAAGAAAGCAAGAAUAAAAAUGAAGGUGUUUGUGUUUCUUCUCCACUCGACUCCUCACUUCAAUUAGCAGUAAAUUUAAUAAUCAGGCGUCAGGAGACUGAAUCUACUGCUACUGAGGCGACUACAGUAGAUUCUGGUCACUUUGAGUGCGUCUCCCUGCUUUUAGAACACGGAGCGUCAUUCAGUAGUCUCUCUAAAGAUGGAUUGAAAGGUGGAAAUGUAUUUGGUCUAGAGGAGCUGUUCGAGCUGUCAUUGUAUCUCUCCUCUUCUCCUUCUCUCUCUCACCUUCCAUUACCUGUACUCUCAGGCCCUCUGAGACACGCCAUUAAAGAAGGAGAUAUCAAACUAUUAGAAUCCAUCUCGAGUAAGAAUGACAAGAUACCAAACUACAGGGACAGCAUGGGUCUGACGCCACUUCACUAUCUCUCAAUGUACACGACAGAGGAACGUCCCCUACUAUUAGACGUGGGUAAGCUACUAUUGGAACAUGGUGCCAAACCAAAUCUAGCAUCUCGUACUGACCUCUCUACUCCUCUCCAUUACGCCUGCCACCAUGGUAACACGGCCGUUGUCGACCUGUUGCUAAGGGAAUCGAUUGACCCAGAGUCCCUUUUAUUGUGUCAGGACUCACUUGGGAGGACGUGUACACAUGUAGCGAUAUACAAUGAUCACUGGGACCUUGUAUCAGCGUUGGUCCAAUCGUACAGGGAUCUAUUAGCAUCUGCUGAAUGCGUAGUUGAUCAUAAAGGAUACAAUAUCAGUGGGGCUUUGUUUUAUGCUCGUUCCUCCUCCUCUCUCCCUCUCUCUCAUCAUUUAUUGACUCCCUGUCUCUCUAAGGUGGAGGCCAAUUAUUGUCUUCAUGAUGCUGUUGCUGCUGGGAAUGAUGAAAUGGUAGAGCAUGCAAUGGAGGGAGGUGCUGAUGUCAAUGUCUUUGACUUUUGUCAGCAGUCUCCACUUAUUCUAGCAUCGAAGCUAGGCCAUCAUUCCAUCUGUAAGGAGCUGCUUAGUAAAGGAGCUGAUCCUUCUCUCUCUGAUAAUUCUGGCUGGACUCCUUUGCAUUACGCAGCAGCUAAUGGCCACAAACAAGUCAUUGAAGCUUUACUUGAAUCAGGAGAUGAAAAAGGAGAGAGUCUUGAUCUUUAUCCUGUUACUAAUACUGGCUCUACUCCGUUGGAACUGAGUCUAUUACGUGGGCGAAUUGAAGUUGCACGCGUGAUCCUCUUAUCCACCAAGAGAGAAGUGUUUAAUGGUGACUGGAUGAAUCUCCUCUCAUUAGCAGCUUCACUCAAUGACCUGUCAAUCAUUAAAGAUAUUGUCCACUUGUUUUGUCCACAGCAAUGGGCCAAAUCAUUGGGCAAUUGGAUCAAUAUACCCAUCACCUCUCCUCAUAGGGAUGGAGAUAAGAAAGAGCCAGAAUGGUCUUGCUUGAAAGUAUUGACAGAACUACCUUCACCUCCAACUCUCUUUCUCAAAGAUAUCCUAUCGCCUAAAUCAGCUCGAGAAAAAUUCAAGAAGCAUCAGGAAUUCUUAGCCUCGUCUGGUCACUGCCAGUUUGUUGAUCAUGAUAUAUUUAAUUCAGAAGAGAAGAGAAAGAGCAGGAAGAAAAGAAAGCCAUUUACGUCUUGUUCUUCCAUUACAAAGAGAAAGUCUUCUCCUAUUCACAUGAUGCUCUCUGCUGGUAAUAUCCCUGGUUUGAU